CUGAAUGUAGCUAGAUCCGUUGAUGAUAAUGAUUUGUUUUUGAGGUAUAUAGAAUCCGAAAAUGAUCCAAGCAAAGACCCGGUAGUGUUGUGGCUCAAUGGAGGGCCAGGAUGUUCAUCGCUUGAAGGAUUGUUUAUGGAAAUGGGACCAUUCAGGUAUUUUAUUCCAUUUUCUACUUGUCAAGCGUUGCUAUAUAAGAGGAGACAAGAAGAUUCUAAACGUAGCCAUAUUCUUCUGUUAGCGAGAUUUUGGAUGCUUGGUAUCAACCUUGAUAUUUUCAGAGCGGAAAACUUUGGCUCUACUAUCACACGUAACAAAUGGACGUGGAAUAGAGUGGCCAGUAUCAUCUAUUUGGAUGCGCCAGCAGGAGUUGGUUUCUCUGUGAAUUUAAACGGGAGUCUUGUGUAUACCGAUGACGAAGUUGCUAGUGACAACUACUUGGCAAUCAUCGACUGGUUUAAGAAAUUUCCCGAUCGACGCUCGAAUGACUUCUACGUUGCGGGAGAAUCGUACGGAGGUACAUACGUUCCUAUGCUGUCAGCUCUUCUAGUGGAUGACAAAGAGAAUUUUCCUCAAUUCAAAGUACGCUAG